AUGCUCCUCGGCGACACCUGCACCCGGGGCUGUCGGUUCUGCGCCGUCAAGACCAGUAACAAGCCCCCGCCGCCUGACGCCCUCGAGCCUCUGAAAACGGCCAUCGCGAUUGCGAGUUGGGGAGUGGACUAUGUCGUGCUGACAAGCGUCGACAGAGACGACAUCCCGGAUGGUGGAAGUGGCCAUUUCGCCGAAACAGUCAGGGCUCUCAAGGAGUUGAAGCCUGCGAUAUUGGUGGAGUGUCUAACUUCAGAUUUUCGAGGCGACCUGGAGGCAGUUGCGUCUCUGGCAAACUCUGGUCUAGAUGUGUAUGCGCACAACAUCGAAACUGUGAGGAGUAUGCAGAGAAUAGUUAGAGAUCCCCGAGCAGGAUAUGAUCAGAGCUUAGGGGUUCUGAAGCAAGCAAAGGCUUGCAAAAAGGGCAUGGUAACAAAGUCCUCGAUCAUGCUUGGUCUGGGUGAGACAGACGAGGAGAUAAAGCAAACCAUGGCUGACUUGAGGGCCAUCGACGUUGACAUUCUGACCUUGGGACAAUACUUACAGCCAACAGAAAGACAUUUGAGAGUCAGAGAGUAUGUGACUCCUGAGAAGUUUGAUUUCUGGAAGGAGUAUGGAGAAUCUUUAGGAUUUGUAUAUGUUGCUAGUGGACCUCUGAGUUUUACACAGGAAGAGUUAGUUCUGAGGCCUCCAGAGCUUAGGGCGAUGUUGAUCCUUCAAAGUUUCGCGCUCGUCAGUUUUAUGAUUGCUUACACCUGA